AUGGCCAUCGCACUGGACCUGCAUCGCGAACUGCCGGCUGGCAUGAAAGUCACCCCCGCCGAGCGAGAAGGCCGACGUCGACUCUUCUGGUCUUGCUACCUCAUGGAUCGUUUUUCUGCAACCGGCUCCAAGCGCCCGUCAUUGGUUGCGGAUGAAUGCAUUGUGCUUCGUCUUCCCAGCUGGCAGCUGCACCCCGGUGCAAUGCCACUAGAAGGAGACUAUUUUCCGAGCGGCUGCAAUCUACAGUACUUGGGCGGUGCUGGAAAAGGUGGACAAGGGAGUAUGGGUAUGCUGAUCGGUAUAGCGAGGAUCCUGGGCAUCACCAAUCGUUACCUCGCAGCCGGUGGCGUCAAGGGCGACUCGCACUUCCCAUGGCACUCGCUAUCCACCCUAUCCAAGAUACGACAGGAGCUUGACAUAUGGGCCUCCGACACUCAGGACACUUUUACGUCGAUCGAAGCUCUUUUUGGCCAACCGGACAGCGUUAUCUUGGUCCUCAGCAAGCUCGUUUACCACCUCAUCCACUGCCUCAUAUACCGCCCCUUUCUACCGGUUGACCUAGCAGAGCUAUCCAGCACCUCCCAGCAUCAACCCUGGCAAAUCGAGGCCACGAAUCUAUGCUUCCUACAUGCGAACGCCAUUGCGGAGCUAGUCGAGAUAGGGGGCGCUUCUUCUAUUAUAGAUUGGCCAGCUUUUGUCGGCUAUUGCUUGAGCACAGCGGGAACAAUUCACGUGCAUGGCGCACAUUAUCCAGGAAGAGAAGGCGAGGUGUUCUCGGUCAGCGCGGAAUUCUUGUCGCGCGAGAUGCAGCAGCUGUCUGAGCUACGUUGCAUCUGGGCCGGCGUACAGCAUCAACGGGACACACUACAGACGAUCUACGGGUGUCACACUGAGCUCGUUAAAUCCUUGGCCAGUAACCCCAUGCGCUACGCACCAGUCUUCCAGCUCGAGGACUUUUUCGACAGUCUUGCAACCUACAAUAUUGAGCAGCGUAAUAAUAUGUACAUGAGCAGUGGCAUUGUCGGCAGCAGCCAGAACUUCCAGCCGCGAUCUCUUCCGUCACAACAUCGACAGUACUCCAAUGGCCACCCGAACAAGAAGCGACGAUCGACCGCGGCCUCGAAGAUCUCAACCCAAUCGCAGCCUCCCCCAUUGCCCACACCAACAUCAGCAACCCACCCACCCGUCAUUCGUAAAUCUAGACCUUCGGAUGCUGGCACCUCAGACAGCAAUUCGAAUGCCAGUCCCGGCGAGACUAAGGCCAACCUUCCCGCCGGACAUUCGGUACCGCCGUACACCCCACCACCUAACCACGGAUCCCUGAACCUUCCAAACACGAGCGGCUCUGGCCUGACCAUGCCAUUCAGCCCGAACUUUUCAUUCUCACCACUACCACAAUUCGCAAGUCUCGCGCCGUCCCCGGUGCCGCGAACGGCAAAUCUCUCCGGUCAAGACAAGUCAGCAACCCAUUUCGAUCCCAUGCUGAACAUGCCUACGCCAUACGACCAACAGCCGACCCCGGGUGCAGGAAGCACGUCAGGCGCAUCAGUACACACAGACCCUGACAGCAAGGACCCCUUCCUGAGUUUAUUGGAACAGCUUGCAGAGAAUGAAGUUAGCCGUGGUGGGCCCAGUGAAUUGGAUUACUUCUUGGGUGGCCAGAGUGGCUAG